AUGCGUCGGCGUUCCGUGUCUGGGGAUCUCGGGCACGCUCCCGGGUGGCAGUUUUACCACCCCUCCUCUCGUAGUGUUCUGUCCUCCCAGGACGUCCCGUUCGACGAGUCAGUCCCCUUCUACCGCCUCUUCCCCUACCGCACUCCUUCCCUCCCCCCUCCGCCCGACUUCCUUGUGCCAGUUCCCCCCCCGGUAGACCCCCUCCCCCCUCAGGUUCCUGCCCCCUCAGGUGUGUCCCAGGUAGACGCUGUUGACCCGGUCGAGGUUACUGGUGACUCUGGUGCUGCUGCGGGUGCUGAGCCUGGGGGUGCUGACUCUGGGGGUGCUGUGCGCGGGGGUGCCGAGCCUGGAGGUGCUACUACUGGGGGUGCUGAGCCUGGGGGUGCUGGGCCUGGGAGUGCUACUGCGGAGGGUGCUGAGCCUGGGGGUGCUGAGCUGGGGGGUACGGUGCCUGGAGCUGCUGAGCCAGGGGGUGCUGGGUCUGGGGGUGCUGGGUUGGGAGCUGCUGAGCCUGGGGGUACUGAGUCUGGAGCUGCUGAGCCUGGGGGUGCUACGUCUGGAGAUGUUGAGCCUGGGGUUUCUCCUGCUGCUGCGUCUCGCCGGGAGCCCCUCUCUCCACAGGAGCUGCGCGAGUGGUUUGCUCGCCGCUGGAGGCGUGCUGCUGGAGCUGGAGCUUCUUCGACCGUCGAGGGUGCUGGUGCUGCUGGUCCCGGAGCUGCUGGGUCUGCGGGUACUCCUGGAGCAGGAGCUCCUGAGGGUGUUGGUGCUGAGACUACUGCUGUCUGUCCCGGCGGUGGUUCUACUACUGGUGCUGCUGGAGGUCCUGCCGCUGGAGGUGUUGGUGGCGCUGGUGCUGUCGCUGAGGGUGCUGGUGCUGUUCCUGCUGAGUCCUACUGGGGUCUUGCUGAGCGUCGUGAGCCUGCGUCUCGUCCUGCGUCGCCUGUUCGUGUUGCUCGCACUAGUGGUCGCGGUUCGCGUCAGCGUCCUCCUCCUGUCCCUGGCACGCACCGGAUGUCUCUGCGUCCGUCCACUGCUCCUCUGCGUGCCCCUUUGCCUUCUCCUCCUGAGUCCUCUCUUCCUGCGCUUGCCGACCCUGAGUCGGACUCUCUUCGUGCUGCCAGUCCUACUGUCACGCGUCUCCUUGCUACUGUCGUCACUGACCCCUCGUUUGAGUCCACUGCUGCGUCUGCCCUUGUCGCUGAGCUCGUCGACUUUGCUGCUCGCUGUCGUCUAAACUACGCUGGUAGUCUUGUUGCUGAGUCAGCGUCUGAUUGUCCUCUGUCCGUCGGGGGUGACUGUGCUCUUGGCACGGACGUCCUAGAGGACAGGCAGGAGGAGUUACAGUAUCUGGCGGCUGCUUCACCUCAUCUCGCGUCUGUACUGCUUGCUCCUGAGGGAGACCCGGAUGCACUAGACAUCCUGACUCCGCGCUCUUACGCGGAGGCCGUAGAGGGUCCCUACUCGUCUCAGUGGCAGGCAGCUAUGGAUGCAGAGAUGGCUUCCUGGAAGUCCACAGGCACCUACGUUGACGCAGUUCCCCCUCCUGGGGCGAACAUCGUCAGUGGCAUGUGGAUCUUCAGGGUGAAGCGGCCGCCGGGCUCUCCACCUGUCUUCAAGGCGCGGUACGUUGCUCGUGGCUUCAGUCAGCGGCAGGGAGUUGACUACUUUCAGACCUUCUCUCCCACCCCGAAGAUGACCACUCUUCGGGUGCUGCUGCACAUAGCCGCUCAGCGCGACUACGAGCUUCACUCUCUCGACUUCAGCACUGCGUUCCUGCAGGGUAGCCUGCACGAGGAGAUCUGGCUGCGCCGUCCACCUGGCUUCACUGGGACUUUCCCUCCUGGCACCCAGUGGAGCCUCCGUCGGCCAGUCUACGGUCUCCGCCAGGCACCGCGUGAGUGGCACGACACACUGAGGACUACGCUUGCGGCUCUUGGGUUUGCUCCUUCUACUGCUGACCCGUCGCUGUUUCUGCGCACCGACACUUCUCUGCCGCCGUUCUACAUCCUCGUGUAUGUCGACGACUUGGUCUUUGCCACAGCGGACACUGCUGGACUCGCCUACGUGAAGUCCGAGCUGCUGAAGAGACACACGUGCACAGACCUGGGUGAACUGCGCAGCUACCUUGGCUUGCAGAUCACUCGGGACAGAGCACGCCGCACCAUUACCUUGACUCAGUCACACAUGGUGCAGCAGGUCCUUCAGCGCUUCGGCUUCACGUACUCCUCGCCUCAGGCCACUCCUCUGUCUACUCGCCACUCGCUCUCAGCUCUGCCUUCGGAUGAGUCCGUAGAGUCGAGUGGCCCGUACCCAGAGCUUGUUGGCUGCCUCAUGUACGUGAUGACCUGCACACGACCUGGCCUUGCAUACCCUCUGAGCAUUCUUGCACGCUAUGUUGCUCCUGGGAGACACCGACCAGAGCACAUGGCUGCAGCGAAGAGGGUGUUGCGCUACCUGUGCAGUACGUCGGGCAUGGGGCUAGUGCUUGGAGGGCGCAGUCCAGUGGUCCUUACAGGGCACGCGGACGCUUCUUGGGCUGACGACCAGGCUACGCAGCGGUCCUCCAGUUGUGAGGCUGAGAUCUACGCUGGGGCCAUGGCUGCACAAGAGCUUCGCUGGCUCACCUACCUGCUGACUGACCUUGGAGAGCCGCCUCGUUCUCCUCCAGUGCUGUACGUAGACAACAAGGCCAUGCUGGCCUUGUGUCGAGAGCAGCGUCUGGAGCACAGAACGAAGCACAUUGCUCUUCGCUACUUCCUUGCUCGUGAGCUGCAGCAGCGUGGACAGUUGCGGCUUGCGUACGUGGCCUCUGAGGCCAACACUGCUGAUGUGUUCACCAAGGCACUCGCGCCUUGUGACCAUCAGCGCCUCUGCACCCAGCUGGGUCUUGUGCCUGUCUUGCCUCACUUGCUCUCCUCUUGA